GGAUCCGCCACCCUCGGCCAACGGCUGAUUGGGGACGAUAAAUCGCGCGCAGGCUGAGGCCGCACCACAACUCUCUUCCACUCUCCCUCCACCGCCCUCCUCACGCCGCACAUCCUCCAAAAUGCCCGGCACAGAGAGCAAGUUCCCCAUCGACCUCAGCGCACUGAAGAAGGUGUCGCUGGACCCGACCAAGCCGCAGCUCACGGGUGAGCAGCGCUCGGCGUUGUUGCACAACAUCCAGAUUAUGCGCGAUGCGAUCGUGCUCUUCACCGCGACUGGCGCUGCUCGCGGAGUGAGCGGACACACUGGUGGUGCAUAUGAUACCGUCCCGGAGGUCUGCCUCCUCCUUGCCCUCUUCAACGCUUCUGCGGACAAGUAUGUUCCUAUCCUCUUCGACGAAGCCGGUCAUCGCGUUGCGACGCAGUACCUGCUCUCUGCGAUCGAGGGACACAUCCCGCCAGAGCACCUCCUGCACUACCGCGAGGCCAACUCCAAGCUUCCCGGCCAUCCCGAGCUCGGUCUCACUCCCGGCGUUAAGUUCUCGUCCGGCCGUCUGGGGCACGUCUGGCCCUGGGUGAACGGCGUCGCGCUCGCGAACCGCUCCAAGACCGUGUUCUUGCUCGGGUCCGACGGCUCGCAGCAGGAGGGCAACGACGCCGAGGCGGCGCGCCUCGCCGUCGCGCAGAACCUCAACGUCAAGCUGCUCAUCGACGACAAUGACGUCACCAUCGCCGGCCAUCCGUCGGAGUACCUCAAGGGCUACGAGCUCCAGAAGACGCUCUCGGGCCACGGCCUGAAGGUGCUCACCGUACAGGGCGAGGACCUCGAUGCGCUCUGGGCUGCCCUGUGCGAGAUCAUCGCGUAUGACGGACCCGCCGCGGUUGUCUGCAAGCGUGUCAUGGCGCCCGGUGUCGCGGACAUUGAGGGCAGCACGCAUGGCCACGACGUUAUCCCCGUCAAGGCGGCGAUCAAGUACCUCACCUCGCGCGGCUACCCCGAGACGAUGGCGACGGAUAUUCUGAACAAAUUACUCCCCACGCGGUGCCUUACCUCUAUAUUGAAGGAGGCGGCCGAGAAGGUCAUGGUCAUUGACAGUGAUCUUGAGGGCUCAACUGGUCUUAAGUCCAUCCACCAGAAGCACCCUGAGGUCUUCGUCCCCUCAGGUAUCAUGGAGCGUGGAAACUUCAGCGCAGCUGCUGGUUUCGGAUUCGACGCGAACAAGUUCGGUGUCUUCUCUACGUUCUCUGCCUUCUUGGAGAUGGUCAUCUCCGAGGUAACCAUGGCGCGCCUGAACUUCUGCAACGUCCUCUGCCACUUCUCUCACUCUGGUGUCGACGAGAUGGCCGACAACACCUGCCACUUCGGCAUCAACUCGUUCUUCGCGGACAACGGCCUUGCAGAUACACAGUCGUGGCUUUACUUCCCCGCCGACGCCACGCAGAUGACGAAGGUCAUCGAGCGCGUGUUCUUUGACCGCGGCCUUCGGUUCAUCUUUUCGACGCGGUCCAAGGUGCCGUACCUCCUCAAGGAGGAUGGCAAGACGCGAUUCUUCGGCGAUGACUACGAGUUCGUGCCUGCCGGCUACGUCGUCUCGUUCGGUGACAUGCUCUACCGCUCGUGGGAUGCCGUCCUCCGUUGCAGGCAGGAGGGCCUCGACGUCGGUUUGAUCAACAAGCCGACGCUGAACCUCGUCGACGAGCAGGUGAUCCGCAAGGUCGGCUCGAGUCCGUUCGUGCUCGUCGUCGAGUCGUUGAACCAGAAGACUGGGCUUGGCUCGAAGUUCGGUACUUGGCUGCUUGAGCGCCAGCUCACGCCGAAGUAUGGCUACAUGGGUGCGAACAAGGAGGGCUGCGGUGGUCUGACCGAGCAGAUCCCUCACCAGGGCCUCGACCCGCAGUCGAUCAUCCUCAAGAUUAGGCAGCUGUCGAACUAAAGGGUUUGCUGCUGUGCAAUGCGUGGGAUGUCUUCGGUCAUGUAUUCUAAUGAGCGGCGAGUUGGGUAGUAGCAGUCGAAAAUUGUGAAUGUGUACAUGUACCUCAUAGAGCAGCUGAAAAAAACGCGAAUCUGUAUCAUCACUCGCCUGAGAUACGCACCCUC